CAUAAAUGUCUUGUGUGUGUUUUCUUCCAGGCAGUUAAUCUUCAGCAAUGUCUUUCAUUUUUGAAUGGAUCUACAAUGGCUUCAGCAGUGUGCUGCAAUUCCUAGGAUUGUACAAGAAAUCUGGAAAACUAGUGUUUUUAGGAUUGGAUAAUGCAGGAAAAACCACUCUUCUGCACAUGCUUAAGGAUGACAGAUUGGGUCAGCAUGUCCCUACACUACAUCCAACAUCAGAAGAGCUGACGAUUGCUGGAAUGACUUUCACGACUUUUGAUCUGGGUGGGCAUGAACAAGCUCGUCGGGUUUGGAAGAAUUACUUGCCAGCAAUUAAUGGUAUUGUCUUUCUGGUGGACUGUGCGGAUCAUUCACGUCUCAUGGAGUCCAAAGUUGAGCUUAAUGCACUAAUGACAGAUGAAACGAUAUCAAAUGUGCCAAUCCUUAUCUUGGGUAAUAAAAUUGACAGACCAGAGGCCAUCAGUGAGGAGAGACUGCGGGAGAUCUUUGGGCUUUAUGGACAGACCACGGGAAAGGGUAAUGUGCCACUGAAAGACCUGAAUACACGUCCCAUGGAAGUGUUCAUGUGCAGCGUGCUGAAAAGACAAGGUUAUGGUGAAGGCUUUCGUUGGCUAUCUCAGUACAUUGACUGAUAAAUGGACAGACAUAGAGUCUUACUCCUCUGGACUGAUCCUGUUCACAGCUUCCUAUGGACUUUUCUAUUAGAACAUGGAAGGUUUUCCAACCACAUACUGGCAUUGACCAAGAGACUCCUGGUUUUCAGCUAUCCUAUUGCACAGUGGUGACACAACUCUUUUCUUUUUUUCUUUUUUCUUCCCCCACAUGACUGGGAGAGAACACAGUCUGCACACAGGUGCAAAUUGUCCCUUUCAGUUGCCAUUGUUUCCCAUGGAAACGAUGGCUUUCAGUUACAAUGGGGCUGGGGUGCAAAAUUCAGCACACUGCACUGUAGCAGCUGAAAAAGAACACGUCUCACCACUGUGGCUAAUUGACUUAAUAAGAAAGCAAUUCUAUUUUUUAAAGAAAGUGUUAAUGUAAGCAGUGUCCCUUCUAACUUUUUAAUUUAACAUUUGUCGUAUUUGGUCCAGAGUCUGUUAGGGUUUUUUAAAACAAAUUUAAUGGUAUUAGAUAUUUCCCAAAUUACUGAACAAAGUAUCAUGAUAUGGAAGUCCUCAAUAAACAUAGAUUUGGGCUUAACUGAUCUGUAGGAUGGUUGUGCUGUGUCACAUUGUCUGAUCGUAAAGAGGGUGCUGUUGACUGAUUUGUGCAAUCAAGCUUUUUUUUUGCUUUUUUUUCCCAAAUUCACAGGGAUUUUAUUUGUGGGGGUGGGGGGAGGGAAAGGGCACACAAGCACACCUGUUUUUGUUGCUGCCUCAUGUUUAGGUGUUUUGAAUUAAAUUACCAACCUCUGGUCCUUAAAGUGAUGACCCAUCAGCAGUCUUUCUACUGUGGCAGGUUCUGUUUACUGGGCUCACUCUACAAUGUGGAAUGUUGCAGGGUUGCAGUGUACUAUAACAGUAAAAAUCAUGAGGUGGUUGUGUGGGGUUAUUGUAGCAUGAAAAGUGUUCAACACUUGCAUAUCUUAAGUUUAUUAAUGUAGACUAAACCAGUUUAUUUUAUACUUGGCAGAUUUUGUCUAAAGUUUCAUUGCUGUCUAGAGCGCCUCUUUUUCAGUUAAAUAAAGACAUGCCUUUCUCUUCGA